UCUCCUUCCUAGAGUUCAUGGGGAUGUGCAGAGCAAUGCUUGGGAAACACAGCACUGCAUCUUUGCCAUUUAAGGAAGGCUUGAUGAACCUUCUCCAUAGGCUGUGAAAGAAACCCAAAGUCGUGACUCUGGCAGCACCCUGCGUGUCUCCAGAAGCCUCGCUCCGAGUUCAUCCCACCAGAAAGGCUGUGCAGCGCGGGAGCCGGGGAGAAAAGUCUUUUAACUGAUUGUGGAGGAGUUGGGAUCACUAGAAAAUGGGGUACAACGGUGAUUUCCUUGUGCUCUUUGCUCAGUGAGAGCUGGAAGAGAAAGGGCUCAGCACCAGCAAGAAGCUAGUGCCUUAUAAUUGGGUGUGCCUGACUGCAUCAGCCUUUGGAUGUGAGCGUCUUCUCUUGAAACGGCCUUGUGAUAUUGUAGCUGCCUGUUUUCUUGGGAGGUCCCUUGGAAGAAGCUGUCCGUACGUCUGUCUCGGUGCCUGACAGGGCUACUGUGCUUCCAGAUUUGAACCAUGUCCCACCCGUCCUGGCUGCCACCCAAGAGUACCAACGAGCCUGUUGGUCACGUUACAGCAAGGAUGGAGACCACGCAUGCCUUUGGGACUCCCAGCAUCUCAGUGUCCACCCAACAGACGCCAAAGAAGUUUGCACCUGUUGUUGCCCCCAAGCCAAAGUACAACCCAUACAAGCAACCAGGAGGUGAUGGAGACUUCCUUCCUCCACCUCCGCCUCCUGUUGAUGACCUCGGGAAUAUCACAUCACAAGGUGCCUUUCCCCCACCACCCCCUCUGGAUGACGUUGCUUUCAACGUGCAGGUGAAUCCUGGUGGCAAGACACUUGAGGAGAGGCGCUCCAGCCUGGAUGCAGAGAUCGACUCCCUGACCAGCAUCCUGGCCGAUCUAGAAAGCAGCUCUCCCUACAAACCACGGAUCCAACAGGUUGGUGGCAUGUUGCUUAAGCCCAGAGUGGGAAAGUGGCCAGAACCAACUGCUGGAGUCAGUUUGCUAACCGCCUGGUAUCUGGUGCGAGCAGGCAUGCCAGUGUGUCCUGAUAGCAUCCAGAUGUGACUGUCAAUGGGAAGGAGGGUGCAGCCGCUCCAAAGGGGCGCCAGCUCAGAAGCUGCAGUACCUCAUAACAAGAGGCCUUUGAUCCCAAUUGUUACGUUGGCCUUGGAGAUGGUUAGCAAAAAGUUUACAAAGAAAAAGACAUUUCCUUUGCCCCAACUUUCUGUCAACAAUAACUUGUGAAUUAAAAUCUGCUCAGUUCACAGAUACUUUUACACCUUUUACACAUUUCUUUCCCAUUCUGUUAAGUUUUAUCUGUUACACUGUCAAAAUGAUCCAGGUACCUGCGUCUCAAGUUGGUUUGUUUUUGUGGUGUGAUCAGUGGCAAUGACACAGCUCAGGGUGCUGUAGCCCAGCAAAGUGGGUUGCUAUUCCCAUUUAAUCCACUGUGCCUAUGUGAGGACUGCAGGAGUCGCCUAAUUUUUGCCACUAAUACAGUUAGCACCUGCGUGGAACUACUUAUGUUCUGGUAAGAUGUAUCUUUACCAGAGAAAGUGGUGAAACCCUGGUGGCACUUAAAGAAGAGCAUGUGAUCUUGAUAAUCACCUCAGACAUGUUUAUGCCCAUCUACACAGCUCUUUCAUGUCCUGUUCCCAUAACUUGUCUCAUUUCUUAUAUGUACGUGUGUCUGUUGGCAUCUGUGCAGCUAUGUGUGCCUUACUGGUGUCAGUGCUGACUAAAACCUUUUGAUUCUAUUCAAAGAGAGAGUCAAGUGACCCAAUACCCACCUAAUAUCCAUACAGGCCAUCUUCUGCAC